UCCAUUCCGGCGCUAACAAAAAUCAGACAGACAGCGCGCGCUCACUCUGCUCUGCUUGACCUAGUAGGAGUACUAAACCUCAGACAGUCCAGCGAUCUUUUCGACUUUCCCUCCUAAACCCGAGCCGCCGAAUCUUUUCAACUUUCCCUCCAUUCCACCUUCGCCUUCCCCGCGCGAUCGACAGCGAUCGGUCGGGUUUAAGUAGCAGCAUCAGUGGUUGGCUGUGCCGAUCGAGCAGCAGCGAUCGAUGUCGCCGGCGGAGAUGGAUUCCGACAAGGUGGAGCUGGAGGCGGCGGAUGCCGAGGAGUACACCGCCUCCGGCGAGCCCAAGGCCUGCACCGACUGCUACACCACCAAGACGCCGCUAUGGCGCGGCGGACCCACCGGACCAAAGUCGCUGUGCAACGCGUGCGGGAUCCGGUAUAGGAAGAGGCGGAGGGUGGCCAUGGGGCUGGACCCCGAGGCCAAGAGGAAGCCCAAGAGGGACGAAGCGGCGGCCACCGCCGCUGCCGCCGCGGAGGCUGCGCAAGAAAACGAGGAGGACGGCGACGGCAAGCCCUCCGCUGCCGAAACCAAAACGCAGACCGUGGAGCUCCACAUGGUCGGGUUCGCCAAGGACGCCGUGCUCAAGCAGCGCCGCCGGAUGCGCCGGAAGCCCUCUUGCCUCGGCGAGGAGGAGCGGGCCGCCAUCCUGCUCAUGGCGCUCUCCUCUGGCGUCAUCUACGCCUGAUCGCGAGCCAGCUUUCUUGGAUCGAUCCAGUCCAAAAGGAACAAGAAGAUGAGGGAGCAUCGUCCUG